CGGCGCGUCCCCGCCCGGCGGUCAGCUGAUGGGCCGCCCGCGGGGGAGGCCGCGGCGCGAACAUGGCGGCCGAGAUCCACUCCAGGCCGCAGAGCAGCCGCCCGGUGCUGCUGAGCAAGAUCGAAGGCCACCAGGACGCCGUCACGGCCGCGCUGCUCAUCCCCAAGGAGGACGGCGUGAUCACCGCCAGCGAGGACAGAACCAUCCGAGUAUGGCUGAAAAGAGACAGCGGCCAGUACUGGCCCAGCAUCUACCACACGAUGGCCUCUCCUUGUUCUGCCAUGGCAUACCAUCACGACAGCCGGCGGAUAUUUGUGGGCCAGGAUAACGGGGCUAUAAUGGAAUUUCACGUUUCUGAAGAUUUUAAUAAAAUGAAUUUUAUCAAGACCUAUCCAGCUCAUCAGAACCGCGUGUCUGCUAUCAUCUUCAGCUUGGCCGCCGAGUGGGUGAUCAGCACCGGCCACGACAAGUGUGUGAGCUGGAUGUGCACACGCAGUGGGAACAUGCUUGGCCGCCAUUUCUUUGCAUCCUGGGCUUCCUGCUUGCAGUAUGAUAUGGAUACUCAGCAUGCCUUCGUUGGUGAUUACUCAGGACAGAUCACCCUGCUAAAGCUGGAGCAGAACACCUGUUCAGUUAUCACAACCCUCAAGGGACAUGAAGGUAGCAUCGCCUGCCUUUGGUGGGACCCCAUUCAACGGUUACUCUUCUCAGGAGCAUCCGACAACAGCAUCAUCAUGUGGGACAUCGGGGGAAGGAAAGGCCGGACACUUCUCCUUCAGGGACACCAUGACAGAGUGCAGUCACUGUGCUACCUGCAGCUCACGAGGCAGCUUGUCUCCUGCUCCUCGGAUGGUGGGAUUGCAGUGUGGAACAUGGAUGUUAGCAGAGAAGAGGCUCCCCAGUGGUUGGAAAGCGAUUCCUGUCAGAAGUGUGAGCAGCCCUUCUUCUGGAAUAUAAAGCAGAUGUGGGACACGAAGACACUGGGGUUGAGACAGCAUCACUGCAGAAAGUGUGGGCAGGCCGUCUGCGGGAAGUGCAGCAGCAAGCGGUCCAGUUACCCAGUCAUGGGCUUCGAGUUCCAGGUCCGAGUUUGUGAUUCCUGUUAUGACUCCAUCAAAGAGGAAGAUCGGACUUCUCUAGCAACAUUUCAUGAAGGAAAACAUAACAUUUCCCAUAUGUCCAUGGACAUUGCAAGGGGACUGAUGGUGACCUGUGGGACAGAUCGUGUUGUAAAGAUAUGGGAUAUGACUCCUGUGGUGGGCUGCAGCCUGGCAACUGGAUUUUCUCCACACUGAUCCUGGAGAUGAGUGAUGUCCGCUACACUUUGCGUACACACAGCGACUUCCAUGAACAAAACACUUCAUGUAGCUCAACAGCCACUGUCAUGUAAAUGGACAGUAACAACCUAAAAAAACAAAUCAAUAUUUUUAAAA